AUGUCAAACAAUGCGGCCUACGCCGUAACGCAGGUGAAAACAACCUCAACCUCCUCCAAAACCACCUUCCACUUCGCCGCAGGCCUCUUUUCAGGCCUCACAUCCUCUAUUCUCCUACAACCCGCCGACCUGCUCAAAACCCGCCUCCAACAAUCCCAAAACGCCUCCCUCUUCCCAACCAUCAAGACCAUCCUCUCUUCCCCUCACCCCAUCCGCAAUCUAUGGCGCGGCACCCUCCCCUCCGCCCUCCGCACGGGCUUCGGCUCAGCCCUAUACUUCACCAGUCUUAACGCCCUCCGAACCGGCCUCGCCCAAUCCAACACCCCGGUCCAAAUCACCAAUAGCUCCUCCUCCGCCCUCCCCAAACUCUCCAACACCGCCAACCUCACCACCGGGGCCGCAGCCCGUGUCGCCGCCGGCUUCGUCAUGAUGCCCGUGACCGUGCUGAAAGUGCGCUACGAAUCGGACUACUACGCCUACCGCAGUCUUGUCAGCGCAGGGCGCGAUAUCGUCCACACAGAGGGAAUCCGGGGCCUGUUCUCCGGGUUCGGGGCUACGGCGGCGCGAGAUGCGCCGUACGCGGGUCUAUAUGUGCUGUUCUACGAGCAAUUGAAGAGGCGGUUAGCAGGUCUGGCGAAUUCGUCGGCCGAUCAGCAGCCGAUGAAGUCGUCGUCAAUCAAUUUCGUCUCUGGGGGGUUGGCGGCUGGGCUGGCUACGGCGAUUACGAAUCCGUUUGAUGCGGUCAAGACUCGGUUGCAGUUGCUGCCGGGACGGUAUGGGAAUAUGGUCCGGGCCGCGAGGUUGAUGGUGCAGGAGGAUGGAAUACGGAGUUUGUUUGGGGGCCUGGGGUUGCGGAUCACGAGGAAGGCGCUUAGUUCUGCGCUUGCGUGGACGGUCUAUGAGGAGUUGAUUCUUCGGGCUGAGGUGCAGUGGGGU